AGAUGACUCCAGAUGACUACAAAUGACUACAGUUGACUACAAAUGACUACAAAUGACUACAGAUGACUACAGAUGACUACUUGGGAGUGAGUGAAGUGAUGCUCUUAGUCUUUGUGCUAAGCUACGCUAAGCAGAGCCCCCGGUUUUCAUGCCAUGUAUCAUUUUAGGACUCAAGUCGCAUAAGAAGGAUUCUUUCCCGAAAGACGAAAAGCACAAACGAGAAAUAACACGUUCUUUUCUUUCGUUGUUUCUGGAUCAGAAAAACAGAAAUGAAACAAAGCGAUCGUCUUUUUGUCUCUGGAGGCAAAGAGCAGCGUUCAGUGGAGGGUCACACUGUGUCGGGUGUUUCCAUUGGAACAUGUGAUCGAUGGGGGACGGGGGGGGGGGCACCAGACUUUGCUCCUCUGGAACCACAGAGACGAAGCACAGCAGCCGACUGUGAACUCAACCAUGUGGCUGAAAGUCUUCUUCACCUUCGUCUUCGGCCUCUCCGGCUGCCGGCCGGCUUCAGUCUUCCGGGAUCCGGAUCGAGCCCACGGCGUCCUGGUCCGGACCCGGAGGCACAACUCUGGCUGGCUGGAGGAGCUGCAGAUGGGAGACCUGAAGAGGGAGUGUCUGGAGGAGCGAUGCUCCUACGAGGAGGCGCGGGAGGUGUUCGAACACACCGAGACCACGGACGAAUUCUGGAGCACGUACAACCUCCCAGACCGCUGCAUGUCCUCUCCGUGUCUGAACGGCGGCAGCUGCUCCCCUCAGGGCUCGUCCUACACCUGCUACUGCCUGCCCCGCUUCAGUGGAGUUGGCUGUGAGCUCGAGCACAAGGCGGUUCGUGACUCCUGCCUGCUGGAGAACGGAGGCUGUGACCAUUUCUGUGACGAAGACGAGGGAGGACGAAGACUCAACUGCUCGUGUGCAGACGGCUACUUCCUGGAUGUCGAUGGGCAGAGCUGCGUCAGCAGAGUCCUAAUCUCUGGAUCUCAGAGGCCAUCGCCUGUGGGAUGGUCCCCGUCCUGCGGGAACACAACGACCAGCAGCUGGACUCUCGAGCUCGGAUCGUCGGAGGAACCGUCUGCCCCAAAGGUGCUGCUGCAGUAUAAAGGCCGAGGCAUCUGUGGAGGAGUGCUCUACCGGCCCUCCUGGGUCCUCACAGCCGCUCACUGCCUGGAGGACGCCGACGCUCGCUUCCUGAAGGUGGUCGCAGGUGAGCACAACACGGAGGUUCUGGAGGGCACGGAGCAGUUCCUGCAGGUCUCCGAGAUCCUGGCGCACGAGAAGUACGUGAAGGCCACCGCCGACAACGACAUCGCCCUCCUGCGCCUGGCCUCGCCCGUCGUCUACUCGCCGCACGCCGUGCCGGCCUGCCUGCCGACGCGCCCGCUGGCCGAGCGCGACCUCUGGGCCGUGGGCCGGCACACGGUGAGCGGCUGGGGCCGGCGGGCCGAGAACGGGCCCACCUCCACGCUGCUGCGCCGGCUCAGCGUGCCGCGCAUCCGGACGCAGCGCUGCCAGGAGGAGAGCGGCGUGGCGCUCACCGACAACAUGUUCUGCGCCGGCUACAUCGAGGGCCGGGAGGACUCGUGCAAAGGGGACAGCGGCGGCCCCCUGGUGACCAAAUACAAGAAGACGGCCUUCCUGCUGGGGAUCGUCAGCUGGGGGAAGGGCUGCGCCCAGCCGGGCAACUACGGCAUCUACACCCGCGUGUCCAACUACCUGGACUGGAUCCACAACCGCACGGCCAGCCAGGCCACAGAGGCCAGCGAGGUCAACGAGGUCAGAGAGGCCUCACCGCACAACGGCACGGCCUGAAGGAGCGCCGCGGGUCGCUCUCCUGAUGAGCAUCUUACUGUGACUCUUAAAGAACCUUCAUCCACAUGAAGGUCAUAGGUCACAGUGUAUUCAUCAUCUAAUGGAACCGCUCUUUGUUGAUCAUCCCCUUUCCGUGUGAAACAAUAACAUGAAGAGACGUAAUAAAGUGUUUGUGGUCAAA